AUGGGAAGCAGCACACCCCUAGAGGGAAAUCAUGUGACUCUAUCAUGCAAUGUUGAUGCUAAACCAGAACCAAAUGUAUCUUGGACCAGGAAUGGAUUUCCUAUAAAUACAAUUGAAAACGCCAGGAUAUCUAUUUCGGGUCAUCAAAAGACGCUGGCUAUAGCAAAUUUACGGAGAACAGACAGUGGAGAGUACCGAUGUGUGGCGAACAAUAGUGUCGGAAACUCUAAUUCUGUUGCUUCCAAAUUGGACGUUCUAUAUAUACCCGAGGUCAAUGGAUAUUCUCAGAGUGUCAAGGCGAAAGAAGGAAUGAAUGCGACUCUGUUUUGUAAUGCUACUGGAAAUCCAGUCCCAACGAUACGAUGGACCAAAGGUGGAUCAGUUAUCAUGGGAAAUUCCAAGAAUGAAUUGUCAGCAGACCAAAAGCACUUAACAGUAAUUAAUGUGAGUAGAAAUGACGGCGGAGAAUACCUAUGUGAGGCGGAAAACAGCCUUGGAAAUAAUACUUCAACUGGCAUUAGACUGGACGUGCAAUAUUUUUCUGGUCUUGAAGAAACUUAUUCACUGGGUACAUAUAAAGAUAACUGCGAGCCACUGUUCACGUUCACCUUUUUACAGUUUCGAGUGAAAAAUGUCACCAUGCUAACUCAAGACGAACGUGUCCGUUUGGUUGCUUGA